GCAUUCCUGCCUUCCUUCCUUCCUUCCUUCCUCCCUUCUGCAGUGCAGCUGCGGCCCAAUCCCCUUCCUGCCUUGCCUCCCUCACCCGCGAGGGCGCUGCCCCUUUAAGAAAGAGCCCUGCCGGAGAAGAAGGAGGCGGGAACGACGGCGCCGCCGCCGCCACAGGAAGCGCCGAGGAAGAGGGGAGGCCCAAGAUGGCGGCGGCGGUGGUGGCAGCGGCCGAGCGGCUCCUCUCCUCAGAGGCGGCGGAGGGAGGCGGCGACGUGUCUGUAGCCCUGGAGCAGCACUCGGGCCGGCUCUCCCCUCCUUCUCCGGCGCUCCAGCCCCGCGGGGAGGCCCAGGCCCUGGAGCAGCAGCAGCAGCUGCCUCAGAGCAACACGCUGGUGGGCCUCCCCAUCGUGGCCAUCGAGGGCAUCCUGGGCUUCCUCUCCUACGACGAGACCAGCCAGCUGCGCCUG